GACCCCCUUUCUCUAGGGAUCCGGAGCGUCUGCGACCGCCUCUGGCCGGAGGUGACACUCCCGUCCCUGUGCGCACCUGUUCCGUGCGCCCUUGUGCGGUGCGCACCUGUUCGGUGCGCCCUUGUCCCGAGCGCCCCAGCUCCUUGCGCUCCCGCCGGGGGUGCGCCCUGCAGGGGGCGCGGCGAGGGGGCCGCGAGGGACCCUCCCCAACUCCACCCCUUCGGCCUCCUCCCCUUUCCCAGCCGCGGGCAGCUCCGGGUCUAUAAAGAGAGGCGUCCGAGACGCGCAGGGAGAUUUGGACGCUCCGGCCUGGGAGGUGCGUCAGAUCCGAGCUCGCCAUCCAGUUUCCUCUCCACUAGUCCCCCCAGUUGGAGAUCUGGGACCAACAAGGCACCAUGGCGCAGAAGGGCCAACUCAGUGACGAUGAGAAGUUCCUCUUUGUGGACAAAAACUUCAUCAACAGCCCAGUGGCCCAGGCUGACUGGGCCGCCAAGAGGCUCGUCUGGGUCCCCUCGGAGAAGCAGGGCUUCGAGGCAGCCAGCAUUAAGGAGGAGAAGGGGGAUGAGGUGGUUGUGGAGCUGGUGGAGAACGGCAAGAAGGUCACGGUUGGGAAAGAUGACAUCCAGAAGAUGAACCCACCCAAGUUCUCCAAGGUGGAGGACAUGGCGGAGCUGACGUGCCUCAACGAAGCCUCCGUGCUACACAACCUGAGGGAGCGGUACUUCUCAGGGCUAAUAUAUACGUACUCUGGCCUCUUCUGCGUGGUGGUCAACCCCUAUAAACACCUGCCCAUCUACUCGGAGAAGAUCGUCGACAUGUACAAGGGCAAGAAGAGGCACGAGAUGCCGCCUCACAUCUACGCCAUCGCAGACACGGCCUACCGGAGCAUGCUUCAAGAUCGGGAGGACCAGUCCAUUCUAUGCACAGGCGAGUCUGGAGCCGGGAAAACCGAAAACACCAAGAAGGUCAUUCAGUACCUGGCCGUGGUGGCCUCCUCCCACAAGGGCAAGAAAGACACAAGUAUCACGCAAGGCCCAUCUUUUGCCUACGGAGAGCUGGAAAAGCAGCUUCUACAAGCAAACCCGAUUCUGGAGGCUUUCGGCAACGCCAAAACAGUGAAGAACGACAACUCCUCACGAUUCGGCAAAUUCAUCCGCAUCAACUUCGAUGUCACGGGUUACAUCGUGGGAGCCAACAUUGAGACCUAUCUGCUAGAAAAAUCACGGGCAAUUCGCCAAGCCAGAGACGAGAGGACAUUCCACAUCUUUUACUACAUGAUUGCUGGAGCCAAGGAGAAGAUGAGAAGUGACUUGCUUUUGGAGGGCUUCAACAACUACACCUUCCUCUCCAAUGGCUUUGUGCCCAUCCCAGCAGCGCAGGAUGAUGAGAUGUUCCAGGAAACCGUGGAGGCCAUGGCGAUCAUGGGUUUCAGCGAGGAGGAGCAGCUAUCCAUAUUGAAGGUGGUAUCAUCGGUCCUGCAGCUUGGAAAUAUCGUCUUCAAGAAGGAAAGAAACACAGACCAGGCGUCCAUGCCAGAUAACACAGCUGCUCAGAAAGUUUGCCACCUCAUGGGAAUUAAUGUGACAGAUUUCACCAGAUCCAUCCUCACUCCUCGUAUCAAGGUUGGGCGAGAUGUGGUACAGAAAGCUCAGACAAAAGAACAGGCUGACUUUGCUGUAGAGGCUUUGGCCAAGGCAACAUAUGAGCGCCUUUUCCGCUGGAUACUCACCCGCGUGAACAAAGCCCUGGACAAGACCCAUCGGCAAGGGGCUUCCUUCCUGGGGAUCCUGGAUAUAGCUGGAUUUGAGAUCUUUGAGGUGAACUCCUUCGAGCAGCUGUGCAUCAACUACACCAACGAGAAGCUGCAGCAGCUCUUCAACCACACCAUGUUCAUCCUGGAGCAGGAGGAGUACCAGCGCGAGGGCAUCGAGUGGAACUUCAUCGACUUUGGGCUGGACCUACAGCCCUGCAUCGAGCUCAUCGAGCGACCGAACAACCCUCCAGGUGUGCUGGCCCUGCUGGACGAGGAAUGCUGGUUCCCCAAAGCCACGGACAAGUCUUUCGUGGAGAAGCUGUGCACGGAGCAGGGCAGCCACCCCAAGUUCCAGAAGCCCAAGCAGCUCAAGGACAAGACUGAGUUCUCCAUCAUCCAUUAUGCCGGGAAGGUGGACUACAAUGCAAGUGCCUGGCUGACCAAGAAUAUGGACCCGCUGAAUGACAACGUGACUUCCCUGCUCAAUGCCUCCUCCGACAAGUUUGUGGCCGACCUGUGGAAGGACGUGGACCGCAUCGUGGGCCUGGACCAGAUGGCCAAGAUGACGGAGAGCUCGCUGCCCAGCGCCUCCAAGACCAAGAAGGGCAUGUUCCGCACAGUGGGGCAGCUGUACAAGGAGCAGCUGGGCAAGCUGAUGACCACGCUGCGCAACACCACGCCCAACUUCGUGCGCUGCAUCAUCCCCAACCACGAGAAGAGGUCUGGCAAGCUGGAUGCGUUCCUGGUGCUGGAGCAGCUGCGGUGCAAUGGGGUGCUGGAAGGCAUUCGCAUCUGCCGGCAGGGCUUCCCCAACCGGAUCGUCUUCCAGGAGUUCCGCCAACGCUACGAGAUCCUGGCGGCGAAUGCCAUCCCCAAAGGCUUCAUGGACGGGAAGCAGGCCUGCAUUCUCAUGAUCAAAGCCCUGGAACUUGACCCCAACUUAUACAGGAUAGGGCAGAGCAAAAUCUUCUUCCGAACUGGGGUCCUGGCCCACCUAGAGGAGGAGCGAGAUUUGAAGAUCACUGAUGUCAUCAUGGCCUUCCAGGCGAUGUGUCGUGGCUACUUGGCCAGAAAGGCUUUUGCCAAGAGGCAGCAGCAGCUGACCGCCAUGAAGGUGAUUCAGAGGAACUGCGCCGCCUACCUCAAGCUGCGGAACUGGCAGUGGUGGAGGCUUUUCACCAAAGUGAAGCCACUGCUGCAGGUGACACGGCAGGAGGAGGAGAUGCAGGCCAAGGAGGAUGAACUGCAGAAGACCAAAGAGCGGCAGCAGAAGGCAGAGAAUGAGCUUAAGGAGCUGGAGCAGAAGCACUCGCAGCUGACCGAGGAGAAGAACCUGCUACAGGAACAGCUGCAGGCAGAGACAGAGCUGUAUGCAGAGGCUGAGGAGAUGCGGGUGCGGCUGGCGGCCAAGAAGCAGGAGCUGGAGGAGAUACUGCAUGAGAUGGAGGCCCGCCUGGAGGAGGAGGAAGACAGGGGCCAGCAGCUACAGGCUGAAAGGAAGAAGAUGGCCCAACAGAUGCUGGACCUUGAAGAACAGCUGGAGGAGGAGGAAGCUGCCAGGCAGAAGCUGCAACUUGAGAAGGUCACGGCUGAGGCCAAGAUCAAGAAACUGGAGGAUGAGAUCCUGGUCAUGGAUGAUCAGAACAAUAAACUGUCAAAAGAACGAAAACUCCUUGAGGAGAGGAUUAGUGACUUAACGACAAAUCUUGCAGAAGAGGAAGAAAAGGCCAAGAAUCUUACCAAGCUGAAAAACAAGCAUGAAUCUAUGAUUUCAGAACUGGAAGUGCGGCUAAAGAAGGAAGAGAAGAGCCGGCAGGAGCUGGAGAAGCUGAAACGGAAGCUGGAGGGUGAUGCCAGCGACUUCCACGAGCAGAUCGCUGACCUCCAGGCGCAGAUCGCAGAGCUCAAGAUGCAGCUGGCCAAGAAGGAGGAGGAGCUGCAGGCGGCCCUGGCCAGGCUUGACGAUGAAAUUGCUCAGAAGAACAAUGCCCUGAAGAAGAUCCGGGAGCUGGAGGGCCACAUCUCAGACCUCCAGGAGGACCUGGACUCAGAGCGGGCCGCCAGGAACAAGGCUGAAAAGCAGAAGCGAGACCUCGGCGAGGAGCUGGAGGCCCUAAAGACAGAGCUGGAAGACACGCUGGACAGCACAGCCACUCAGCAGGAGCUCAGGGCCAAGAGGGAGCAGGAGGUGACGGUGCUGAAGAAGGCCCUGGAUGAAGAGACGCGGUCCCAUGAGGCUCAGGUCCAGGAGAUGAGGCAGAAACACGCACAGGCGGUGGAGGAGCUCACAGAGCAGCUUGAGCAGUUCAAGAGGGCCAAGGCGAACCUAGACAAGAAUAAGCAGACGCUGGAGAAAGAGAACGCAGACCUGGCCGGGGAGCUGCGGGUCCUGGGCCAGGCCAAGCAGGAGGUGGAACAUAAGAAGAAGAAGCUGGAGGCUCAGGUGCAGGAGCUGCAGUCCAAGUGCAGCGAUGGGGAGCGGGCCCGGGCGGAGCUCAAUGACAAAGUCCACAAGCUGCAGAAUGAAGUUGAGAGCGUCACAGGGAUGCUUAACGAGGCCGAGGGGAAGGCCAUUAAGCUGGCCAAGGACGUGGCGUCCCUCAGUUCCCAGCUCCAGGACACCCAGGAGCUGCUUCAAGAAGAAACCCGGCAGAAGCUCAACGUGUCUACGAAGCUGCGCCAGCUGGAGGAGGAGCGGAACAGCCUGCAAGACCAGCUGGACGAGGAGAUGGAGGCCAAGCAGAACCUGGAGCGCCACAUCUCCACUCUCAACAUCCAGCUCUCCGACUCGAAGAAGAAGCUGCAGGACUUUGCCAGCACCGUGGAAGCUCUGGAAGAGGGGAAGAAGAGGUUCCAGAAGGAGAUCGAGAACCUCACCCAGCAGUACGAGGAGAAGGCGGCCGCUUACGAUAAACUGGAAAAGACCAAGAACAGGCUUCAGCAGGAGCUGGACGACCUGGUCGUCGAUUUGGACAACCAGCGGCAACUUGUGUCCAACCUGGAAAAGAAGCAGAGGAAAUUUGAUCAGUUGUUAGCCGAGGAGAAAAACAUCUCUUCCAAAUACGCGGAUGAGAGGGACAGAGCUGAGGCAGAAGCCAGGGAGAAGGAAACCAAGGCCCUGUCCCUGGCUCGGGCCCUUGAAGAGGCCUUGGAAGCCAAAGAGGAACUCGAGCGGACCAACAAAAUGCUCAAAGCCGAAAUGGAAGACCUGGUCAGCUCCAAGGAUGACGUGGGCAAGAACGUCCAUGAGCUGGAGAAGUCCAAGCGGGCCCUGGAGACCCAGAUGGAGGAGAUGAAGACGCAACUGGAAGAGCUGGAGGACGAGCUGCAAGCCACGGAGGACGCCAAACUGCGGCUGGAAGUCAACAUGCAGGCGCUCAAGGGCCAGUUCGAGAGGGAUCUCCAAGCCCGGGACGAGCAGAAUGAGGAGAAGAGAAGGCAACUGCAGAGACAGCUUCACGAGUAUGAGACGGAACUGGAAGACGAGCGAAAGCAACGUGCCCUGGCAGCUGCAGCGAAGAAGAAGCUGGAAGGGGACCUGAAAGACCUGGAGCUUCAGGCCGACUCUGCCAUCAAGGGGAGGGAGGAAGCCAUCAAGCAGCUACGCAAACUGCAGGCUCAGAUGAAGGACUUUCAAAGAGAGCUGGAAGACGCCCGUGCCUCCAGAGAUGAGAUCUUUGCCACAGCCAAAGAGAAUGAGAAGAAAGCCAAGAGCUUGGAAGCAGACCUCAUGCAGCUACAAGAGGACCUCGCCGCCGCUGAGAGGGCUCGCAAACAAGCGGACCUCGAGAAGGAGGAACUGGCAGAGGAGCUGGCCAGUAGCCUGUCGGGAAGGAACGCACUCCAGGACGAGAAGCGCCGCCUGGAGGCCCGGAUCGCCCAGCUGGAGGAGGAGCUGGAGGAGGAGCAGGGCAACAUGGAGGCCAUGAGCGACCGGGUCCGCAAAGCCACACAGCAGGCCGAGCAGCUCAGCAACGAGCUGGCCACAGAGCGCAGCACGGCCCAGAAGAAUGAGAGUGCCCGGCAGCAGCUCGAGCGGCAGAACAAGGAGCUCCGGAGCAAGCUCCACGAGAUGGAGGGGGCCGUCAAGUCCAAGUUCAAGUCCACCAUUGCGGCGCUGGAGGCCAAGAUUGCACAGCUGGAGGAGCAGGUCGAGCAGGAGGCCAGAGAGAAACAGGCGGCCACCAAGUCGCUGAAGCAGAAAGACAAGAAGCUGAAGGAAAUCUUGCUGCAGGUGGAGGACGAGCGCAAGAUGGCUGAGCAGUACAAGGAGCAGGCAGAGAAAGGCAAUGCCAGGGUCAAGCAGCUCAAGAGGCAGCUGGAGGAGGCAGAGGAGGAGUCCCAGCGCAUCAACGCCAACCGCAGGAAGCUGCAGCGGGAGCUGGAUGAGGCCACGGAGAGCAACGAGGCCAUGGGCCGCGAGGUGAACGCACUCAAGAGCAAGCUCAGAGGGCCCCCCCCACAGGAAACUUCGCAGUGAUGCACCAGGCGAGGAAACGAGACCUCUUUCGUUCCUUCUAGAAGGUCUGGAGGACGUAGAGUUAUUGAAAAUGCAGAUGGUUCUGAGGAGGAAACGGAUACUCGAGACGCAGACUUCAAUGGAACCAAGGCCAGUGAAUAAGCAACUUUCUACAGUUUUGCACCACGGCAAGAAAACCAAAAACCAAAACAAACAAACAAACAAACAAAAACAACCCAGAACAAAGCAAAACCCAGCAGACUGUACUUAGCAUUGUCUAAAUCCAUUCUCAAAUUCCAAAUAUCACAGACACCCCUCACACAAGGAAUAUAAAAACCACCACCCUCCAGCCUGGGCAACGUUAGUAAAACCUCAUCUAUACAAGAAUUUAAAAAUAAGCUGGGCGUGGUGGUACACACCUGUGGUCCCAGCUACUAGGGAGGCUGAGCCAGGAAGAACGCUCCAGCCCAGGACUUCGAGGCUGCAAUGAGCUAUAAUUGCAUCAUUGCACUCCAGCCUGGGCAACAGAGACCCUGUCUCAACCACCACCACCACCACCCCCACUACCCCUGUAUUCAAGGUAAAAAUUGAAGUUUGUAUGAUGUAAGAGAUGAGAAAAACCCAACAGGAAACACAGACACAUCCUCCAGUUCUAUCAAUGGAUUGUGCAGACACUGAGUUUUUAGAAAAACAUAUCCACGGUAACCGGUCCCUGGCAAUUCUGUUUACAUGAAAUGGGGAGAAAGUCACCGAAAUGGGUGCCGCCGGCCCCCACUCCCAAUUCAUUCCCUAACCUGCAAACCUUUCCAACUUCUCACGUCAGGCCUUUGAGAAUUCUUUCCCCCUCUCCUGGUUUCCACACCUCAGACACGCACAGUUCACCAAGUGCCUUCUGUAGUCACAUGAAUUGAAAAGGAGACGCUGCUCCCACGGAGGGGAGCAGGAAUGCUGCACUGUUUACACCCUGACUGUGCUUAAAAACACUUUCACUAAUAAACGGUUAUAAAUCACAA